AUUGCGAAUUUGUUGUGUUUUCCUGCGACGCGUGCCAGCGCAAUAUCGCAUUUCGCAGAUCGCAAUUCGCACGCCGCGUGAGCAGCAGCAGUAUUGCAACACAGCGCACUGCACUUGGUUUUUUUCGGGGCACUAGCAUGACUUUUUUUUGGCCUCAGCCCCAUUUAGUCGUAGUUUCAAAUAGUAGCAAUUAAAAUGCCGCAGCGUUCGCCCUUUGCCAUUCAGGAGCUGCUGGGCCUGGCGGUGGCGGCAGCAACAGAAGCGCCAACCGACUUGACGACGACGACGGCAACUGUUGCCGGUGCACCGUUGGCCAAAGAGCGCCAAGCGGCAACACCGCCAAAGACAACAGUGCCAGCAGCAACAGCAACAGCAGCAGCAACAGCAGCAGCAACAGCAGCAGCAACAGCAACAGCAGCGACAGCUACAGCAGCAGCAACAUCGUACGGCAGCGGGGCAGUGGCUGCAGCCGAGGGCACUCCGGCAGCCGCCUUGGAGGCCCAGCAGCAGCACCACCAGCAACAGCACCACCACUACAGGGAGCACCACCAGAUGACCAUGGCCUCGCGAAUGGCCUACUUCAAUGCCCACGCGGCGGUGGCAGCGGCCUUUAUGCCCCACCAGCUGGCCGCGGCGGUGCACCACCACCAUCAGCACCACCAGCAGCACCAGCACCUGCCACACCACCACGCGCACCACCCACACGGGGCCGCAGGAGGGCCCCCGCCGCCGCCGCCGAUGCAGCACCACCACUCGCACCCGCACUCGCACCACCCGCUGCUGCACGCGCAGGGAUUCCCGCAGCUGAAAAGCUAUGCCGCAGGAGCCGCAACAUGCCUGCCCGGCUCCCUGGCGCCCAAGGACUUCGUCAUGGAGAGCCUGAACGGGUUCGGAGUGGGCCCCAACAGCAAGAAGAAGAAGAAGAAGCGGCGGCACAGCCGCACCAUAUUCACCAGCUACCAGCUGGAGAAGCUGGAGGAGGCCUUCAAGGAAGCCCACUACCCCGACGUCUACGCCCGCGAGAUGCUGUCCCUGAAGACGGAGCUGCCCGAGGAUCGCAUACAGGUCUGGUUCCAAAACCGCCGGGCCAAGUGGCGCAAGACCGAGAAGGUCUGGGGUGGCAGUACGAUAAUGGCGGAGUACGGACUCUACGGGGCCAUGGUGCGGCACUCGCUGCCCCUGCCGGACACCAUCCUCAAGUCGGCCAAGGACAACGACGCGGUGGCUCCCUGGCUACUAGGUAUGGAGCAGAAAUGUAUGCACCGCAAGUCGAUCGAGGCUCAAUCGGCGCUCAAGGACGACUCGGGGGUGAGCGACCACGAGGACUCGGCUGGCUCGAAGUCCGCCAACUCGGAGGACCUCUGCCGCUCCCGCGCCCUCAGCUCCUCCACGGAGUCGCUGAACGUGGUUAGUCCUGCGCCCAGCAGCUGCACCAACUCCGUCUCCACGGCCCCGCCCACCUCGACGAGCGGCUACGCAGGGGCGGCCUCCUCGGCGGCCACCACGCCCACCGGGGCCACCACCAACAGCUCCGGCAGUCCCCACAUCGAGAUGGGCUCCCCCUCGCCGCAGCAGCAGCAGCAGCAGCAACAGGUGCCGCUCUACAUGGGCGGGGGGGUCGGUGGCGGUGGCGGUGGCGGUGGCUGCGCCCCCAGCUACCAUCCGCUCCUGGACGCCGCCAAUGCCGCUGGCGCCGGAGCGGCGGCCUCCAGCAAGGACUUUCACAUGAUCAUGAACACCGCCGUGGCAGCGGCAGCAGCAGCCGCCCAGCAGCAACAGCAACACCAGCAACACCAGCAACAGCAGCUCCAGCAACAGCAGCACCAGCAACAGCAGCAGCACCAGCAGCAGCACCAGCAGCAGCAGCAACAGUCGCAGGUCAUGGCGGCAACACCUGGCUUGCAUGCCCACAACCUGGCCGCCGCCCUCAUGGAACACGACCCGGAUACCUUCAGGAACAACUCAAUCGCCUGUCUGAGGGCCAAGGCGCAGGAGCACCAGGCGCGCCUGCUGAACAACGGAGGACUCUUCCUGCAGGUGCGCAGGUUCGCGCAGGGCCAAGUGCAAGUCCAGGACCCAAGUGAUAUGUUCAAGCUGAAGGAGGAGCACAACAACAACACCCCACAAGCCGUCUCUGCCUCUCCCUCGACUUCCCAAUCGAAUGUAAAAGCGGAGCUGACUGCCAACGGAUCGCUGAAGCACUGCGAGGAGGUCUAACAGAAGCCCCGGGGAGCUCCCAUUUCGCAAUUUCCCGAGGCGCAAGUGCUUGGAACCCAGGACACACCACACCAAACAUAAGAAAACCUUUUUUUUACUAGACCCUAGGACAUACUCCUAGCAUAAGAUCUGUAAUCGCACACUUAAGUAGUGGCAUGGGCUGCUUGAAGGUGUAAAACACGAUACCGUAAUAUUUUGAAUACAUUAUUCAUCGAGGAUAGUUUUAUUUUUAAAUUAAGAGUAACACCUUGGGCACCCACGAAAAUGUCAGAUUGCUUUACAGCGCUGGUUGAAAUAAACGUAGGAAUGUAUGACAAA